AUGCCACUCCGAUCCAUCGAUAUUCGCAUCUCAAUUUUCUUCAUUUCCAUUUUUCUAAUCGAUUUGACUAUCGCGAAAUUACCCGAUGAUUUGGAUAAAUUCUUGGAAAAACUCUUUGAAACAGAAGAAUGCGAGGAAUGGGUGAGUGAUUCAACGUUUGUCUCAGUGUCUACCCGUGAUUGCUCUCCUCAUCAAUGUGAUUUCCCGUCUGAAAUUUGUAUGAGACCGGCCGCAAAAUAUCAGGACAAGAAAGCAAAUCAAUGUCGAAAGCUGCCAGCAAAAUGUGUCACAGCGGCUAAUGGAGGUGUCCCAGUGGGUCCUCCACCCACCGAUCCUCCCCCACUUUUCACCUUUCCACCCCCUCUAUUCACUUUACCGACUCUAUCACCACCGGACAAGAAUUCCACCAUUUUCAGGCCUUACUUCCCGCUUAUUCCUCAAACAUCAAAGGGGACACCGGCACCGGUGAAUGUUCGACCGAGGGAUAUUUGUGAGAUGGGACCACCGACAGGAAGAUUUUGUGGUUUUGCACAAAAAUUUGUUUACAACAAAGAGACUUUCGAAUGUGACGAAUUUUGGUUUCCGGGCUGCAAAACGGAGGAGACAAAUGCUAAUCUUUUCGACUCGAGAAAGGAUUGCGAAAGAGUAGCUGAUCUUUGUGUUCAAAUCGAAGAGAUGAAAGCGGCCAGAUUGACAACACCGAGGCCACAUCCAAGAAAGAUCGUUCAGCCAAGAGGACCCGAUGGAAUCGAUGGAUUUCCGAAGCCUCGAAAUCUGAAUGGAAAGAGAAAAGGACCCGAUGGAUUGUUAGCCCAAGAAUUGAAACAAGGCGGAAAUGCAGCUUUGCCUAAAGUGGCUGCUCAACAAGCACAGACGUGGUUAUCCCAAUUUGGAUUUCCGGGAAUACCCGACUUCUUCGGUGGUGGAGAAGGAGGACCACCCCAAGGACCGGCAAGGAGACGAUUUUGGAACUUC